UCUGUGUUCACGAAAAGUAUAUUUGGGUUCCAUAGCAGCGUGGAAUUGGAAGUUACCGCCAUAGCUUUUUUAAUCUCCAAACUUCGUCAAUACUUCUGGAAUUCCGACCAUUCAAAACCCCAUCGCCGGAUUUUACCUCGGAGCUCCAUUUUUAGGUUUACAGGCGCAGCCUCGCUCUCGUCCACCGGACAACCCACAGUUGGCGCCCUCUUUAUCAUGUGCGCUCGCCCAUGGCUAACUUGAGGACCGACUCUCCAGUCGCUUGCCGCAUCGUUCGUGCCUUUCUUGACUUCCUUAACUCCGUGGAACCGGGUCCAGGUGUUGACGUUGAAGGCCUUGAGGUCGCAAAACAAUGUCUAGAACAAGUGUUCAAAGUCGAGUCACCUGCUUCCGACGAGUUAACGGAAUUUGAUUCGCUAGUGGACAUUUUUAGUUCACCGGAAUCUUUUCAGCGUCCUGAUACCAAUUCAUUUGUUGAUAAUGGAGCUUUGCCAAUGGAUCAUCAUUGUCCUCUUAAUUUGAAUAAUUCUGAUGCCAAUUUAUCGAAGUCACCAAAAUCUCAGGGGGAUGAUUGGUCAAGAGAAUCUCAUCCCUUAGGAGUAUUGAAAGAUGAACUUUUAGGCCAAUUUGUUCUUGCUCUUGAAAAACUUCAUUAUUUUCGGACCACAGCAGAUGGGAAGGAUGAUCCUGACCAACUUGAGCGAGCAACUCUUUUGUUUCAUGAUGCUCUUGGAGAAAUGGAAAGAUCUGGAUGCACUGAAAUUAAUUACAAAAACUUGGCCGAGUCAUUGAAGUCUCUUGGUAACAGGGCUAUGCAGUCAAAACUAUACUCUGAUGCAAUUGAGUUGUAUAGUUGCGCAAUUGCACUCUGUGAAAAUAAUGCCAUUUACUACUGUAACAGGGCAGCGGCUUACACUCAAAUCCAGAAAUACUCUGAAGCAACGAGAGACUGUUUGAAAUCCAUUGAAAUUGACCCAAAUUAUAGCAAGGCAUAUAGUCGUCUGGGCUUGGCUUUAUAUGACCAGGGGAACUAUCGUGAUGCUAUUGAUAAAGGAUUUAUUAAAGCCUUGAUGUUGGAUCCAAACAACGAAGCUGUCAGGGAAAAUAUUCGAGUAGCUGAACAGAAGUUAAAGGAAGCGCAGCGACAAUCUCAACAUGAGCAGGGUUCAUCAAGUCGAAGUCAAGAAUCCCAAAACCAGUCUGGUGGAGGGUCAAGGAAUGACAACACAUCACCUCCCUUCCCUUCUAUGCCAUUUAAUGUCACUCUGCCUUCCGAAAUUUCGAACAUGUUCAUGAACAUGGCUGCUAACGCUACAACCCCAUUCCACGGGCAACAUCCCCAAGAUGGGCAAGAAGAGAAUAGGAACGGUAAUGGAUUGGAUGAUCCCGGACCCAGUAUGGAUGGAAAUUUCAGUUUCAGCAUUGGAGAUGGAAUGCCACAGGAUCUCAAUGGUGCUUUGAGAUCUAUGAUGCAGAUGUUCACUGGAUCAGCCCCCAGUGGAAAUCCUCAGGAUGACACCAAUAGAAGAUCCCCACCACAAGGCUGAAACAUUUGUGAUCCAAAGCUCAGAUCUUUAGCCAAAUCCGAGGAUCAGCUGCCCGAAACGUUGACCUGACCGAGGCAAAGAGAGAUCGUUUUCAACCGCAUUCUCUCGAAGUCGAAGGUACCUUUUAUUUAAAUCUAUUUUGUUAUAGAUAAUUAUCUUAUCUUCAUUUAAGCUUAGCGAUCAAGGAAUUUUAGAAGGCUCCUAAUAAAUAAAUUAAGUUUGAUUUAUUAGAGUGGAAUUUUGUUGUUGUUGGUUUGCUGACCUUUUUAUCCAUUUCUUGUAUUUUAACACACGUGAUGGGUGGUAUAAAACUUACCUUCAGAUGUAUUAUAAUACAAACUACUUAUAUAUUAUGCAUACUAUCUAGGGUGAAUUAUUAUUUCUA